AUGGAUUUCAACUCAUGGAACAUUUUUUGGAGUUUGGCUUUCGGACUGUUAGCGAUACUGAUCGUUACGGGAAACUUCUUCUCCAUCUGGGUAUUCCACCGACAGAGAUCCCGCAAACGAUCUUACUUUCUACUAAUCAGUUUGGCUGUUGCUGAUUUAAUGGUCGGAUUGUUCGCAAUUCCACUUUUUAUAACUCGGAGAAGCACGCGACAUUCCCAUUUGCGGUGGCUCGUGUCAACGUCUUUUGACGCUUUCACUGGUUUAACUUCCAUCUAUACACUAGCAGUCAUUUCCUUGGAGAGAAUGUUUGCCAUCGUAUGCCCUCUAAGUCACAGAACUCUGACAUUUCGUAAUUACCUCUGCACUAUUGCCAUGCCGUGGAUCGUAGCAGCAGUUUUCGUUGCUGUUCUUAUUCUUCACUUUAAUGGGAUCAUAAAACAUCCAAGUUACAAAGUUCUUCUCCUCUUGUUCCAGACCACGCCAUUGCUAACCAUGUGUGUCGCGUAUUUCUGUAUUUGGAUCAAACGGAAAUCUACGAAGGGAAUCCGAAAUCACAGAGCUGCAAGAGAGUCAAAAUUAGCCAACACAUUAUUUUUG